AUGGAGCCCAUCAAGCCAUCUACCACGAGUAAAGACGCCGAGGUUGAGGGUUCCGUAGCAGAUGUGACAUCCACAGAGUACGAGUACUAUUGCUGGCUGAGCGGAACCUUCUCGGACGAACGUCUAAACAAGCUUGUACGCAAGAUUGACUACCAUGUUUUGCCUCAGCUGGUUAUUGUAUACCUCUUGGCAUAUAUCGAUCGAUCAAACUCAGGAAAUGCAAAGCUGUUUGGUGCUCUCCAAGACUUACAUAUGUCUAGUCAACAAUGGAAUACGGCACUUUCAGUAUUCUUUGUUACUUACGCAUUUGGUGGAGUUCCUUCUAACAUCAUGCUCAAUCGCGUCGGUCCACGGUUCUGGCUGCCAACACUUUUGAUUGGAUGCGGAAUAAUCAUUGUUUGCGGGGGACUCCAAAGCAGUUACGGCGGCUGGACGGCGUUUCGGGUUCUUCUUGGCCUUAUCGAAGCAGGUAUUUUUCCUGGCUGCUCAUUCAUUCUAACAUCUUGGUACUCUCCAAAGGAGCUUCACACAAGAAUGACGGUGUUUUACUCUGCGGCUUCGAUUGCUGGCGCGUUUUCCGGUCUUCUUGCAUAUGGCCUUGGCUACUUGGAUGGCACCUGGGGCUACCGAGGUUGGCGUUGGAUAUAUGUUAUUGAAGGCCUGCUUGCUGUCGUUGUCGGUCUCGCAUCUUUUUUCUGGAUUUCUCCAGAUCCUGCGCGAGUCAAGGGGUGGUUGACAGAAGAAGAGAAGGAAUUUCUCUUGUUGAGGCACAAAUACUCUGCAGGAGGUGAGACUGGAGUCAAAGAGAAAGAAGAGUUUUCCUGGGAAGAUGUGAAAAAGGCAUUCCGGUCCGUCCACACCUAUGCUGUGGCAUUAAUUGAAUUUACAGUCGCCACCGUUGUUUAUGGAAUCAGCUUUGUGCUUCCAACCAUCGUCGAGAACUUGGGUUACUCUAAUGUCAAGGCACAAGCCAUGACUGCACCUCCUUAUGUAUUUGCAUGUCUGGUCACAAUUUUCUCUGGCUGGGCGGCUGAUCGGUAUCGGCAACGAACACUUUCUAUCAUUUUACCAAACGCUAUGGCUGUUAUUGGGUUUGUCAUCAUAAUUGCUAGUGUCCGAUACCCACACGUUCCGGGUGUGACCUAUUUUGGCAUUCUUCUAAUGGCUGGUGGUCUAUACCCGAUCUCGCCAGCCGUGAUGGCCUGGGUAGCGCUGAAUAUGGCGGGCCACACAAAGCGUGCUGCUGGUAUAGGUCUGAUGAUCUCUAUCUCUCAACUAGGCGGAAUAUUGGGAUCGAAUAUUUUCCUAUCGAACGAAGCCCCUACUUACCCAAUUGGGUUUGGCCUUUGCCUUGCAAUGUUGGCAGCUUUUGGGGUUAUUUGGCCGGCUAUCUAUUAUUUCAUUCUUAAGAAUAUUAACAACAAACGGGCGGCUAUGCCCGCGGAAGACAUCCUAGCGAAGUAUACAUCUGAAGAGCUGACGGAAAUGGGUGAUGAAAGUCCACUUUUCAGAUACUCGCUAUAA